AUGGCUGUUUCUUUACGAGCCUUGGCAAGUCUCGCGCUUGUAUCUCUUUUUGUCCACUUGUCGACAGCGGCGUCUGUCAUUGGGCCCCUGCAUCGUCGCUCUUCUGCAAAUGUUCUUGGCCCAGUGACAGAUCUGGAGGUCGUGAAUAAGGUGAUUGCGCCCGAUGGCUAUUCGCGUCCGACUGUUCUUGCUGGGGGAACUUUCCCCGGGCCCUUGAUCGCUGCACAAAAGGGAGACCAGUUUCGCAUCAAUGUUAUCAACCGGCUCAACGAUACUUCUAUGAACACGACAACGAGUAUCCAUUGGCACGGCAUCUUCCAGCAUCAGUCUAAUUGGGCUGAUGGAACUGCUUUCGUAACCCAAUGUCCCAUUCAGCCUAACGGAAGCUUCCUACACUCGUUCGUUGUCAAUGAACAAGCUGGAACGUUUUGGUACCACUCGCAUCUCUCUGCCCAGUACUGCGAUGGGUUGAGGGGCCCACUGGUUAUCUACGACCCGAAUGACCCUUAUGCUCACAUGUACGAUGUCGAUGACGAAUCUACCGUGAUCGUACUUUCUGAUUGGUACCAUCCGUUGUCGCCCCAAUUGUACACUGGUCCUUUCAACCCGGAUGCCACCCUGAUCAAUGGCCUUGGGCGUUACCCCAACGGACCAGCGUCUCCACUCGCUGUCGUCAACGUCACGCAAGGAAAACGCUACCGAUUCAGGAUUGUUGGUGCAUCAUGCGACCCAUGGUUCAAUUUUACCAUCGAUGGACACCCGAUGACCAUCAUUGAAGCGGACGGGAAUUUGGUUGAGCCAGUAGUUGUCGACUCGAUACCUGUCUAUGCUGGACAGCGGUAUUCUGUUGUCAUCACUGCGAACCAGUCAGUCGGCAACUACUGGAUUCGCGCCUUGUCCAAUCACCCGAACCAGACUUUCGAAGGAGGGCAAAGUUCUGCCAUCUUCAGGUACGAGGGUGCCCCUGACCAAGACCCUACGACCCAACACGGGCCGUAUAUCUUGCCGUUCGAUGAAAGUGCGCUUCAUCCGAUCCACAAGGCUGGUGCCCCCGGCAUCCCUCAACCUGGAAAAGCGGAUAUCAACCUCAAUCUCAUUCCCGGCCUGCGUGGUGGACAAGCCCAGUACACAAUUAAUAAUGUAUCUUUUGUGGACCCGUCGCUUCCGGUACUCUUGCAGAUCCUUAGUGGGGCAGUCCAUCCGUCACAGCUACUACCGAACGGAAGCGUUUAUGUCUUACCGUUCAAUAAGACCGUGGAGAUUAGUAUGCCAGCAACUGAUCUGACGCCAGGUGGGGCGUUGGGAGGUCCGCAUGCUAUGCAUCUUCAUGGUCAUGCCUUCGAUGUCAUCCGUGUAGCAGGUAAUGGCUCAUACAACUUCGUCAAUCCCGUACGGAGGGACACGGUAUCGCUCGGCCUCCAGGCAACCAACGAUAAUGUGACAAUCCGCUUCGUCACUGACAACCCCGGACCUUGGUUCUUCCACUGUCAUAACGAUUGGCACCUUCAUAAUGGCUUCGCUGUCGUCAUGGCCGAAGCGCCUUCUGAAGCUGCGAUUCAAGAGAGUAAACUAGCCCCAAGUGAGUCCUCGGCGUCUUCAGACCUGCUACUUCAACGACUGAACCAUACUUCAGCUGCUUGGUGGCAACUGUGCAAUGCUACGCAGCAUAGCUAA